AUGGACCCUAAUGUGGAUUACUCGCAAGUGCCCUCGGCCACACCACCAAAUGGCACACUAUCCAACUUCAUCAACCCUCCGAGUAUUAGUUAUCAGCAAACAGCAACCAACAUAGUGGUCUUGGUCAUCAUGAUAAUUGUGGUCCUUCUUCGACUCUAUACUCGAAUCUUUAUUGUCAAGUCCGUUAGCUAUGAUGACUGGGCAAUGAUUAUCUCUCUGCUCAUCUGCAUAACAUCUAUCGCGCUCUAUCAAGCACUGGUCCAUCUGGGUAUGGGACGACAUCUAUGGGAUGUCCCAGUAUCUCUGUUCUCUCCAUACUUUCUCCGGUUAUACCUUAUAGCCUCUGUAUUUUACAGCUCGUCGAUGCUUUCCAUCAAAAUCGCCAUCAUGCUACUGUAUCGCCGUCUUUUCCCGAUCCAAAACUUCUACUGGCGUUGGUGGGCCGUCUUUCUGUUCGCUAUCGGUUACUCUGUGGCUGGUAUCCUCACGGAGAUCUUUGACUGUACACCAGUUCACUUUCAAUGGGACAUCUUUGCCGAAGGAAAAUGCAUUAAUCGCCCAGCUUUCUAUAUCGCGAACGCUGUGUGCAACUCUGUCAGCGAUUUAUUGAUCCUUGCACUACCAAUCCCGAUUGUAUGGAAUCUUGCACUCACUCGCAAGAAGAAAAUCACUCUGUCCUUGGUGUUUGCCAUGGGUUCUGCUGGGUGUAUCGUCAGCAUCAUCCGUCUCAGAAGUAUUAUUGCCUACCUUCAGCAAGGUGACGGCGAUUUAACUUAUACCAUCACCGACUUCGUUGUUUGGUCCGCUAUCGAAACGAUGAUGUCUAUGGUUUGCACUUGCGUUCCCACGCUCAAGCCUCUUUUCGAACGCUAUUUUCGCGGCAUCUUCUCGGGUAGUACACACGACUCGAAACCUACUGGCCAAUACUACAGGACCGAUGAGAGACAGAUAGAUCACAAUCGCAAAGGUUCCAACAUGGAUCCAUUUGGCGCUAAUAUCGAGCUGCACAGACAUAAGAAUAAGGCACAGAUCACUGCGAAUAACGUGGACUCGGAUACGGACAGUACGAAUGAGAUACUUGCUCAUCGACUGUCGACUGUUGAAGAUCAUGUUGUGGAUGACAGAGGCACAAGCGGUAUCGUGGUAUCCCACUCGUAUCAAGUGCGGACAACGGUCGAUUCUUGA